CAAGGAGCUCUCUCCGCCGCCGAACCAGUCUCCGCGUCGUGCCGCUGACCGAAACCAUGGCCGUGUAUUACCGGUACAAGAGCGGCGUCCAGACGUUCUCCGUGCCCGUGGCGGCGCCCUCUGUCUCCGUCGCCGACCUCAAGAACCUCAUCCUGAGGACCGCCCGCCACGGCCAUGGCCGGACGCGCGGCCGUGGGCCGAGGGAGACCGUGGCGCUGUACGACGAGCGGACGGGCGAGGAGUACACGGACGGCAGCGCGCUUAUCCCCCGCAGCUCGACGGUGCUGGUGCGCCGGGUCGCCGGGCCCCCCGCCGAGGCCAUCACCGUCGCCUCAUCCCCGCCGCCGCCACCUGAAGCGACGACACGUGGUGGCACGCCGUCGGAUUCCGCCGUGACAUCGAGUUCGAGCGCCGAAGACGACGAGACCAGGGCCAUCAGCGCCGUCAUCGACGCCGCGGAGCUCAAGUGGGAAGGCCACCACCCGUGUCAAGGAGGGCGUUGCUACGGUCACCGUGGCGGUCUCGAGGGGAGGGCGGCGCCGCCGGCUGGGUACGUGUGCCACAGGUGCCGCGUCCCGGGGCACUUCAUCCAGCACUGCCCCACCAAUGGCGAUCCAAGAUACGACCUGGGAAGGGGGUCGUCCAACACCAAUCUGCCUACUCCGUCGCCAGUGUCCACGAGCCUCGACGACGGGGUCCCGCCGGAGCUCCACUGCAAGAUCUGCAACAAGGUGAUGGCCGACGCUGUAGUGGCCUCCAGGUGCUGCUUCGGCAGCUUCUGCAACGCGUGCAUCAGGGGCCAGAUCGCCGCCAAGUCCAGGUGCGCGUGUGGCGCGCAGUCUCGAGCCGACGACCUCAUCCCCAAUCUUACGCUGCGUGCCACGAUCGCCAAACUUCUUGCCACGAGUGCCGCCGGCAGCGGAUCAGCGGGCACAAGCAAUCGGAAGAGCUCGGCCGGCAGCAACGCAGAGCCCACGUCGCAGAGUGCCGCCGCCUCGCAGGAGAGCCACAGCCGCGUCACGGCGAACGCCGGAUCGGAGCACAGCGAAGGGAGCGCGUCAUCGACGUCCAAGAGCGCGACACCUCCGGCGGCGCGCGCGCCAAGAACGGAGCGGACUACGGCGGACUCGGCGGAAACCGGUGCGCACGCCGGCUACCCGGAGCAGUACAGCUACAUGAACCCCGUCGGCCCUGCUUGCUACGAUCCGUUCUUCGGUGCGACGCCGUGGGCUUGUGAUCCUUACAUGCACAUGUACUACGGCAUGCCUUACGGUGGUGGCUACACGAAUGUCCCCGUGCCGGCCGGCUACCACAAUGUGCCAUGCCAUGGGAGGAAGAGGACGGCCGAUGGGGAGUUUCAGAGACAGGAGGCUAGUUUCAAGAGAAGAUGUGGAGGCAGAUCGGAGGUUGCUUUCUGACACGCAAGAACUUGAUGCGGGAGUUUCUGAAUCGCUGCUGAAUGCCUGCUACUGCACAUCGAUCUUCUUUCACUCGUAGCAAUAGUGAUCGUGUAUGUAAUGGUGUACUGAAAAUUAAAUGAAGUAUCUGUAAACUUUACACUUUCGUUCAUGGCUAAAACCAGAGACUUCAUGUUUG